AUGAACGAAGCAAUUGUAGCGGCCGCGGUUGGGGCGACAGUGGUUCUCCUACUGUUGGUUAUACGGUGGAAAUGGAGAAGUAGUAAGGACGAGCCAAACCUCCAGCAAGCUUCCUUGCAACUGGUACACCGUCUGUGUCCCCACAACAAUGUAGUACAAGGUAUCGAGGUCGAGCAGAAGGACAGCCUCGAUGAGCAUCUGGACGUGCUCACCAGGAAACUAGCUGACAAGGAGGGUCGUCUCCGCCUAUCUAAGUACAAAAUACGUGAAACCCAGAACGAGAUUGAGAACCUGCACGCGCUGGACCACGACGUGCAGCAGAAGUACCGGCAGAUCAUGGACAUGCUGCGCCAGGAUCUGAUGCACAACGAGAAGGAGUGCAAGAAGAUACAGGAGCAGAUUGAGUGGGUGUCGCGGAGGCGCGCCGAACUCAAUAACGAGGUUCAAAGAGGCCAACUCCUCUACGGUGAAGCAGCUAUGGAACUAGCAAGCAACCUAUCGGAAUUGCAGCGUGGUCGAGGCACAGAGCAUAGAGUAACGGAGAAGCCCCAUAGACAAGAAUCGCCAUCAGCAUUACGCCACAGAAAGGAACCGCAACUGCCUCGCGCAACACCCAUCACAUCCGUGGUCAUAAAGUCGUCCCCACCGCUGUCAAACGAAUCUUUACGCUGUGUCCAUCGACAAUAA